AUGGCUCGAUCUAAAAAGAAACCAUCUACACCUCAACUGCCAAAAGAUUCAACACCAGUAGUUUAUUCACUGAAAAAACAGCUCGGACAACAACAACAACAUUUACGUUCAACUUCAAUUUUCAAGAAAUCACCAGUGUAUGAUUUACUUCAUUAUUUUGAAAAAGCACCUGAUCAAUGGACAGCAAGAUACAUUUUAAUUCUUACUGCCAUAAUACUUAGAGCUGCAGUAGGAUUAGGAAGUCAUCUGGGAUAUCAUACCCCACCAAUGUUUGGUGAUUUUGAAGCUCAACGACAUUGGAUGGAACUCACGAUUAAUUUACCAAUUUCUCAAUGGUAUUUUUUCGAUUUACAAUAUUGGGGGUUAGAUUAUCCGGUAUUAACUGCUUAUCAUUCAUUUAUAUGUGGGAAAUUGGGCAAUUUUAUUAAUCUGUCAUGGUUUGCCUUGAAUACAUCACGUGGAUUAGAAACAGAUGAUAUUAAAACAUUUAUGAGAAUUACAGCAAUCAUUAGUGAAUUAAUCAUAUAUAUACCUUCAAUUUUAAAAAUUGCUAAUAUUUUAGGGAAAAAAUCAAAUAUUAAUCGAAUGGAUCAAAUUAUAAUUGCUCUUAUAAUUAUUAAUCAACCUCAUUUAAUCUUAAUAGAUCAUGGUCAUUUCCAAUAUAAUUCUAUUAUGCUUGGAUUUUUCAUUUAUUCAAUAAUUGAUUUAAUUAAAGGAAAUUUAAUUAUGGCUAGUGUUUGGUUCAUUAGUUGUAUAAAUUUUAAACAAAUGGGAUUAUAUUAUUCAUUAUUCAUUUUCUUUUAUAUUUUAAGUCAAUUGAAUUCCUUGAGUAAAUUUUUUUUAGUUGGAGUAACGGUGUUACUUACUCAAUUCAUUUAUUUAUUACCAUUUAUAUGGUUUCAUCCUGAUUCAAUUUUACAAAUUGUUUAUAGAGUAUUCCCAUUUAAUCGUGGAUUAUUUGAAGAUAAAGUGGCAAAUUUUUGGUGUACAACCAAUAUUUUGAUUAAAUAUCGUGAAAUCCUUACUGAUGCUUCACAAUUAUCAAAAUUAGCAUUGAUAGCUACAUUAUUAACAACAAUUCCAAUUAAUUUAUUGAUUUUCUAUAAAAUAAAGACUGCCACCAACAACACCAAGAAAGCAAAUACAGAAGUAACCCCCCUGUCAUCAUCAUCAUCAUCAUUACCAUUGAAUAUUGUUGCUAUGAUUUAUGGAUUUGCUUUAAAUGCAUUAUCAUUCUAUUUAUUUUCUUAUCAGGUUCAUGAAAAAUCAAUAUUAAUUGCUUUGAUCCCUAUUUCAUUAUUAUUAUUGAUAAAUCCUCAACAAGAUAUAACUAUGAUUCAAUUUAUCAAUACGGUGGGGACAUUUAGUUUAUAUCCACUAUUGAAAAAAGAUGGUUUAAUUAUGCAAUAUUUCGUCCUCAAUUUCUUAAUUAAUUGGUUAAUUGGAUUUGAUUUAAUAAUUGUCAAUCCAAACCCACAAAAGAACUCAAAAUCGAGUAGUAAACUUCUAAAUAUUAAUAAUUUAAUCAUUUGGAUAAUUUAUUUCAUGAUGAUUAUUUAUCAUAUUAUUGAUUUUACUAUUGAUCCACCAUUGAAAUAUCCUGAUUUAUGGGUGAUUUUAAACACAACUAUAUCAUUUGUUGCCUUUAGUUAUUUCUGGUUAUGGUUGGUGUAUAGAAUCAUUAAAUUGUAA